AAAGUUGAGACUGAAGUGGAAGCUAAAGUUGAAGAAGGUGUAGCUGAGUCGGUAAGUGAAGCCGAGGCUGAGGAAGUCGAAUCCAAAGCUGUAUUUGAGGCUGCAGCAUUGGAUGAAUUUGUAGAAUCGUUACCAACAGAAGCGCUUAGUUCCCAAGACUAUUCUCUUGUUUGUUCUGAUGCUAAAUUUGCUGGUGGAACUGGUUUUUCUGAAAUAACUUCUUUGGGUUCUUUCUCUUUGUCUGCAAUUAAUCCCUCAUGUGUUCCUGAGGAUGUUAGUUCUCUUGAAUGUUCGGAUCACGCCUCUAUUUGUCCGGAAUCAGUUCAAUUUAGUCCAUUGAAUGCGAUGGAUUCUGAACGUCGUGAUGCUUGCCCUCUUCUUCAUGUUGAUGAAGGUGUCUUACGUGCAUCGUCGCAAGAUUUGCCUUUUCCGCCUUCUGUUGAAUAUGCUCACCCAUUUCAAGUUGAAUGCGUUGAUGAACGCCAAGUUGUUGGUUCUGCUUUCUCAGAGGCCUCUAUUGCCAAUCGCGUUCAUGAUAUGUGUGAUACUCGUCCUGUUGAAUCAGCUCUACUUGUUUCAGAAGAAAUGCCUUCGGAAAUAUGUAUUCCAGUCUCUGAUUUGGAGCACUUCAAGACAACCGCUACGCCUCCUUUACUUCCGGUUUCUGACUUAUUGGUUCCGGUGUCGCACCCUAUAGAAAUGGAAAUCGCUGAAACUGUGGAGGCCAAGAGUUCGGUUCCACUGUAUCUCGGUUUAACUCACAAUGACCGACUAUAUCCCGAGCAGACUAAACCUCUUGAAUAUGCUCCAGUGAAAGCCACGUAUUCUCAUCCUGAAAAAUUGGACCAAGAUGUUCAUAUUGGUCUUACCGAAAGUACAAAAGAGCAGAUAUCAAAUGUAAAAUCUCUUCCCCCUGUACCAUCACCAAAGCAGGCUAUUAGUGUGGAAGCUGAGGACCAUCUCUCUGCUUUGCCAGGUGUUUCGAAAGAAUCUCUAUCAGAAGCUGCAAUCUAUAUUGAUGAAUCAGGAAAGGAGUUGCCCAUUGUCUUUUCUCGUGCAUCAACAUCUGAGAUAGCAAAGCCUAUAGUUUCCGAUGAAAACCUGACUUCUGCCACUCAUCUUGCUGUCACCGACUCUGAACAUGUAGAAUCAUAUUCGGCAACCCAGAAAAGUGUCGACUUGCCAGAAAUUGUCAUUGCGGAGAAGUGUCUAAUUGAACAUUCAUCUCAUCCGUCAUUGCCUAGCAUGAUUGGGAGCGUUGAAACGCCACCUCAGACUUCAAUUUUGGUCGGUUCGUCUCUGGAAAUUCGACCAAAAGUACCUCCACGUUUAUUCUAUGCUGCAAACACACAAGAAGUGGUAUGGGAAGAAGUUGUAUUGAUGGACCACGGAGUUGAGACACCUCUUCCAUUUCCUAAUGUGUCACUCAUUGUGCCCCUACCUGAACCAACUUUGAGCGCCUCACCUCAACGAUCAUUUGUACAUACUUGUGAAUCAGAUCGUCCUAUACUUUCAGAAACCGAUCUCAUUCCAUCAUAUGCUUCUUUACCUCGUCCGAAAGCAAAAGAACUAGAAGGAGGAAGUUGUGGUGAGGAUGGUAGUGCUACACAUGAUCACGUAUGUUUCGGUGCAUCAGCUCCAGAAAUUCGUCCAAGCAAAUCGGUGAUUGAGCCAUCUGCCGAAGUAAUGAAUCUUCUUUCCUUAGCCCCCAUUUCCUCAGCUCCAGUAAGUAGUGAAGCAAUGGUAUCUGAUGUUUCCUCCCCAAUCGAAAGUCUGUCCUCUCCAGCGAUUGUACCCACCAGUGAGGGACCACCAACAAGUAGCGGUGAAUUAGACGUCUACAUUAUUUCACCAUCAAGUUCAGAGGAGGGCGCAAAACAAGUGCAAGAGAAGAUGGAAGUAGCGAUCGUGAAUGAACCUACUGAAGGAAAAGUUGCGGUAGUAAAGGAGGAACCAGAGUCUGGAUGGGAUUACUUAUCUCAACUUGCAGCCGCUGCUGGAGCCACAUUAGCUGCAGAAUAUGCCUCAGACAAUGAAGAUAGUGAUGACAGCGAAGACAAUGAGGAAGACUAUGGAUAUAAGUCAAUGUCAAUGAAACAAUCAAGACACCGCCCUGCACCUGAAGCCACACUAGACCGCUCAUCUCAACUUCUUUCAAGACUAAAGUUCUAUGGUUUGGGAACUCAGCAAGUUUCACAGCCAUCGCCACGUCUUUGUGAUGUUGAACGUGGAAUGAGUAGAGAUAUUGAGGAAGAGAGUGAGGAGGUGGAAGAACAGAUAGCAGAGGAAGUCAUUCUGGAAGAUGAAGAAGAGGAAGAUGAGGACGAAAGACCGAAAUUGUUAAUCGAAGGCCUGGAAAGUGGUCUUCCAACGAUUCCAGAAGUUGCAGGCCCGUUGUCGCCAGAUGAUGACGAUUCUUUAAAUGAAGAAGAACUACCGGCCGAUUUGAAACUGGUUCCAGCUCAUGAAGAUGAAGAAGAGGAGGAAGAAGAGGUGUCACAGUCUCAUUCUCGUCCUGUAUCUGAAUAUCACAAACAGCUACAAUCGCUCUCUUGGUUAUCCGCCUCCUCUCAGAGAAGUUCCUUUACCACAACAGCCACCGAUACUACUGAAGAGUCUAGUCAAGCAACUGUAAUACUAGUUGGAAGUGCAACUGAAGGAGUCCAUGGAGCCACUAAAACUACUCCAGAAUCUCUAGAAUCUGAUUUGAAUCUCAUGGAUGAAAGUCGUAUUUCCACUGCUGGCAGUUUACCGCAUAUUUCAAAAGAAACAGCAGAUGUUUCAACUCAUGGACAGAGUGGACUAGCCAGUGCAGUAUCCACAGAUCAAGUGAUUGACGAGAAACCGUCGGGAAGCCGACAUCUUGCUGAUACCGCAUCCACUCCGAGCAUGUUGGAGCGUUCAACGUCAAGCGGUAUCUACUUUCCUCAAAAAGGCCGACUUAGAGGCUUCCCCCGUAAAUGCGAUCCAGGCACAAGUGAGCCCGUGCUUUCGAAAACCGAGGCCAUAUCAAGCCAAUCGUCAUCACUUGCAGCAUUUGAACUAUUAGAGCAGCAAAUAACGGCAAACUCUUCACCAGACUCACUUCAAAAGUCUUCUGGUGAAGUCAAGAAGAGUUCAAGCAGUAAAACAAGUAGCUCCCUUUCUGAAUUUGAAAGAAUUGAGGCUGAAAUGGCUAAAAGUUCUUCAGGAAGCAGUGCUGAACUACCAUCGGGUGUAGCAAAAGCUGUUGGUGACAGUUCACAGUCAUCUCUUUCUGAAUUCCUCCGUGUUGAACAAGAAUGUGCUAGCAGCCAAGAAUCAGUUCAUCAGCAACCUAUUGAUACCCAACUUGUCGCUCUAGCUCACAAAACUAUUGAUACAAUCUAUGAAGAUGUUCUAGCGGAACAGAUGUGUCAGAGCAUUGAAACCUCAAGAAUCACUGAUUCUUCUGAAAUAGCCGGCGACGUUGAUUCUCUAGUACAGUCAUCUCUUCAUGAUUCCCUCGCUGGCAGUUUGAGUCAUCAUGAAGUUCUUCCUACUGAUUUGAUUCGAAGUGUUAUCCGUGGUGCUCGUGAUGCAAUUGAACGCGGGCAUCCCAGAGAUCGUGACUCCCUGGGCGAAGCUGAUUCUUCGGAAGAAGAUUUUCCUCAGAUUAUGGAAACAUCCAUUGAUUCUCUUGACGGUGUUCAACAACAUAGCCAACAAGGACCAUGGGGCGAUAGUUCUUUGUCAGAUGAACCUAACUACAAUCGACAAAUGACCGAUUCCUUAGAAGAUAGUGGUGCAGCAAUGGCAAGUGGUAGUAGAGCUUCGACUCAACCACCUUCGCAAUCAGAAGUUCUGUUUAUGCUAAUUCCCGGUCCUCCGCCAGUUCCGAUACAAUCUAGUGAAUUGCCUCAAGUCUCUCUCCCUCGUUCUACGAGUGAAGAUGAAGCUUUGUUGAAGAAAGCGGAUACAGACGAAGAUGUACAGUAUAGACUCCUUCCUGCUUCAAUGAGUAUCACAUCGUUAAAUUUAGCACAAGAACAACCACUAACGUCUCAGACUGAUUCCAAUCUCGGUUCGACAGUGUUCGAUAUCUCUGAAGAUGAAUUCAAAGGUCCAGUGUGUCUUGAAUACUCCAUGGUAGAAAGUCCUCUAAAGAGUCUCUCGGCCUCGCCCAUUCUCAUUCGUGAUAAAUUUGUUGAAGGUAUACCAGAGAUCUCCUCUCCUAUAACCCCCAUGGCUGAACCAUUCAGUCCUAAAGACAUUUCUACACCAACCAUGACAGAAGGUCAUCCCUGUCUAAUCCAAGAACAGGAGGCUGGAGAUGACUUCGAAAUAGUCCAAUUUUCCGAUUUCGACUACCCACCGGAACAAAAGUAG